AUAGGCACAGUACUGCGCUGAGCAACUGCAGCUGACAGAAGAAAACAAAGUUCUCCCCACUGAACAAAACUUCUCAGUGAAGUAAAACAGGGAGGGUAAAGCCAACCAUAACAUAGGAAAAUCCCUGAAAUGGGCAUUUAUGUGGAAUUUUGUGCUCAACAAAAACAUUAUUUGGUUCAGAAGAGGAUUGCUCACAUUUGGCUUUUAAUUCUGCUUCAUGAACUAACAGCUUGGGAAGGAGUUCAGAGUUGGAACUACAGCUAUUCAACAACAGAUAUGACAUGGCCUGAUGCCAGAAACUAUUGCCAAAGUUUCUUCACUGACCUCGUUGCAAUUCAGAACCGUGAAGAAAUUAACCAUCUGAAUACGGUGAUACCGAGGAACCCAACGUAUUACUGGAUUGGAAUAAGAAAGAUUAAUAAUGUUUGGACCUGGGUUGGAACUAACAAAACACUGGAUGAAGAGGCAAAAAACUGGGCUGCAGGUGAACCAACUCCUGGUGCUGAAGAUUGUGUUGAAAUUUAUAUAAAGAGAGCAACAGAUGCAGGAAGGUGGAAUAAUGAUCCCUGUCUGGAAAGAUCAAAACGAGCAUUAUGCUAUUUAGCUUCUUGCAAACCAAAUUCAUGCAGUGGUCAUGGACAAUGUGUGGAAACUAUUGGAAGUUAUACAUGUCAAUGUUAUGAAGGAUUCAAUGGACCAAAGUGUCAAUCUGCUGUGAAAUGUGAAAUUCCAAAGAUCCCUAGAAAUGGGACCAUGACAUGUUCACAUCCAAUCGGAAAUUUCAGCUAUUGCUCAACUUGUGAUGUUGGAUGUGUGGAAGGUUUCUUGUUGAAUGGGUCAGUGAAUCUUCAGUGUGAGGCCUCAGGAAUGUGGUCAUCACCAUUCCCAACCUGUGAAGCUGUGAAAUGUGAAACUCCAAAGAUCCCUAGAACUGGGAUCAUGACAUGUUCCCAUCCAAUCGGAAAUUUCAGCUAUCGCUCAACGUGUGAAGUUGGAUGUGUGGAAGGUUUCUUGUUGAAUGGGUCAGUGAAUCUUCAGUGUGAGGCCUCAGGAAUGUGGUCAUCACCAUUCCCAACCUGUGAAGCUGUGAAAUGUGAAAUUCCAAAGAUCUCUAGAAAUGGAACAAUGACAUGUUCCCAUCCAAUCGGAAAUUUCAGUUAUCGCUCAACGUGUGAAGUUGGAUGUAUGGAAGGUUUCUUGUUGAAUGGGUCAGUGAAUCUUCAGUGUGAGGCCUCAGGAAUGUGGUCAUCACCAUUCCCAACCUGCGAAGCUGUGAAAUGUGAAAUUCCAAAGAUCCCGAGAAAUGGAACGAUGACAUGUUCCCAUCCAAUCGGAAUUUUCAGCUAUCGCUCAAUGUGUGAUGUUGGAUGUGUGGAAGGUUUCUUGUUGAAUGGGUCAGUGAAUCUUCAGUGUGAGGCCUCAGGAAUGUGGUCAUCACCAUUCCCAACCUGUGAAGCUGUGAAAUGUGAAAUUCCAAAGAUCUCUAGAAAUGGAACAAUGACAUGUUCCCAUCCAAUCGGAAUUUUCAGCUAUCGCUCAACGUGUGAAGUUGGAUGUAUGGAAGGUUUCUUGUUGAAUGGGUCAGUGAAUCUUCAGUGUGAGGCCUCAGGAAUGUGGUCAUUACCAUUCCCAACCUGUGAAGGGUUUACACUGCAGGGCUCACAGAGGCUCCAGCGUAAUGCAACAGCAAUGAUCGCCCAAUGUAAAGGUACCCUGAAGGAAAAUAAUUCAAUAAAAAUUAUCAGCAUUGGUAUUGCUUCUUCAGUCUGCUUAAUUUCUGUGUUAAGUGCUGUCAUACUCAUUACAAGGAAAGUGAUGAAGAAAGGUUUCUCACCUAUAAGUACUUAAAUAAACUGGCCAAUUCCAAGACUCAACCAGAGAAGAAAGGCAAUGUUCGACGGCUGAGACACAUAUUUUCUUCACAAAAGUUGGAGGAUUUUGUCACAUGACUGACUAGAAAAACGCAAAAUGUAUUCAACUUGAGAAAAAUACCACCUUUUAAAACAAUGGAGUGAGAUUAUGAUUAAAUUUCUGAUGAUUGUGAAGAAAGACUGGAGGUUAUGUCCCAUGUGAGCAAUCAUCACUGUGCACUUUUGGAGAUCCUUAUAGCUGGCCCAUAUCUCAUAAAAGUUUCUUAAAAUGUGUACAAUAUUGGUAAAAGUAACUUCCUGAGGAUGGUAUUUUUGUCUUGCAUUAACAAAAUGCAAGUCACCUUUUUUGUUUCAGAAAUGCACACUCAAUUCAAGUCUGAUUUUUGACACCAAGAUUUUCAUUUUCUAACAAAGGUAACCAGCGACAGUAAAGCAGAGCGAGAGAAACAUGGAUGACCAGGCAGCUGGUAGAAGGCCAACUUCCAACGUCAUUGUUCAGGUGUUGAAACCUAACAAUAACCUCCAACCAAGGUUCCCUUUGCAUGCUGACUCUUCCAUACAGCACCAUAAGUCCCAGAAAUCACUUCACUCUCCUUCAUAACCUCCAUGCUAUCUCAUUUUCUCCAUAUCCUCUCUAAUCCCCUUUCAAGCCCCUAUGCACUCCCCAUUCUCAUCAUAUAACCUCCAUCGGUAACCCAAUAAUCAUUAUGUACCAGCCCUCAGAACUCUGCCACAGCAAGCAUUGUAAUUAAGGGAUAAAAAUCCUUUAGCAAUCAAAUUCACAUUCAAAUCUGUCAUUACAUUACAUCACAAAUUAUAGGCCUAUAGAAAAAGUUGAAUUCCUGAAAUGUCUAUUUAAAAAAAAGGUUUUAUUCAGGAACCAAGGUUAUGCUAUUGAAACUUUUUAAAACUGUCCAUCGCCCCACUGUUCAACAUUCUGUCAGAAUAAUCCAGAUCCUUCACCAGGUUUCCCCAAUGGUCAUAAACUUUCCAAGGAGGUGUGUUUUUUGAGGGUCUUCCAGAUAGUUCACAAAAAUCGAGUAGGAAAGGAAGUUCAAGUGUUCCUGUAGUUGUCACAGUUGGGAUCCCAGCUUCAGAAGACUGUAUUUGACUGUGCAUUCUUUUUUACCCGCUGCUUUCUCAACCUGUGAAGAGUGUGGGGUUGGGCAGGCAGGAAACAAAAAUGUAUUUUUUUCAAGCAAAAGAAACUGUGUUCAGCAUUUCAUGACCCAGUUCCACUGGAAGAUGAAAAUGUGACCUGAGAGUUCAGUAGUGACAGGAAGAGCUCCUUUAAUGGUAUAGUUACUAAGGGCAGCACACAGCUGAACCUCUCAGAUUAGCAAGUUCCAGGCUUAAUUCCUGUUCUUGUGCUGAGACAUUUAACCUAACCUGGAGAUUGGUUUGACAUUCUUAAGAGAACGAACACAUUUUUCAUUACGUUAACAAGUUUCAGCAAUAGAGAGAAAAUUAAAUUGCUACACCGAAGGCUUUAACUUUGGAAAUAAGUCACAUAGGAAACAGGGACCAUCAGGUCAUACAAACAUUUCUGGGGGAAAAGAAAAUUGAGGGAAGUUGGUGAGCACUUUGAAUUGAUCCUAUAUUACAAUAGUGACUACACUUAAAAAGAAAUUCCAUUGGGUGUAAAGUGCUCUCAGAUGUCCUGCUGUUAAGGAAGGUACUAUAUAAAUGCCAGAUCUUCUUUUGUUCUGUUUGAUGUGUCAAAAAGGAACAAGCUUUUACAGUUUUUUUGUAUCGUUAGCAAUUUUCAAAGCAUUUGCAAUGUACCCUUACAAACAUUACCACUCAUUCUUUGACAUAAUAGCCAGCCAAACAAAUGAUUCCAAAAUAAACAAGGUAAUAUUAGCUACCACAGACCAACGGGUUUGCUACAUUUUCAGUGAAUGUAAUUAUAAUCUGAUUUAUAUUUUUGUGUGCUGUACGUUGUGAUAUUUUAUUGGUUUAAUGAUCUGUUUACAAUACUAGUUUAAUAUAUGCUAUCUGCUGCCAAUUCAGAGAUUCUUCAUCUU